AUUUAUUUAUCACGUGUAUACUGAAGAGUAUCUAUAUUUUAUUAUACGAUGUAUUAAGCCGAAAUGAUACAAUUAAAUUAUGCUACUUUAUCAUCUAGAAAUCAAUUUCAUAUGUACUGAAUUAUUUUAAUUAUUUUGUUCGUUAAUUUUUUUUUUAAUAUUAUACAAAUUUAAAAUUGUACAGUUAAAUAUAUUUUAGUAGGUACUUAUCUGUAUUUACUUGUUUACAAUAAUUAUGCUUUAUUCUAAGAAACAAUAAAACCGACGAAUCCUGAUUUGACACAGCUAAACAGAACAGAUUUAUUCUCAAGAAAUGAAUUCUAUUCAAAAAGUCGACUCGCCCGGUAUAGGGUGCAGGCACCUGCAGAGCCUGUUGCUGUUCCUGUGCGUGGUGAGCGGGUACCUGAUCCGGGUGAACCUGUCCGUCACCAUCGUGGCCAUGAACCCCGUGAUCAACUCGACGGACUACUUGAGGGAGCUGGCCGACCACGUGCCGAUAUUCGGUUGGACCAACUCGACGCGGUCGGUGUUGCUGAGCACGUUUUUCGUCGGCUACCUGCUGUCCAACUUCCCGGCGUCCGUGCUCGGGUGCCGGUUCAACAACAAGACGCUGCUGGCGUACAGCAUGGCCGUCUCGUCGGUGUUGGCCAUCGUCAGCCCGCAGUUGGUGUACGCGUACGGCGCCACGGCCCUGGUGGCCGUCCGGUUCGCGCAGGGCCUGUCGUCGGCGUUCAUGUUCCCCAUGGUGCACGGCAUCAUGUCCAAGUGGGCGCCGCCGCACGAGCGAGGCCAGCUGGUCGGGUUCAUCGCCAGCGGCAUACAGCUGGGCACCAUGAUCACGCUGGCCGUUUCCGGUGCGCUAUGCGGAAGCUCGCUGGGCUGGCCGUCCGUCUACUACCUGAGCGGCGGCAUCGGACUCUUGUGGACGGUCGUCUGGCUGCUGCUGGGCGCCGGCACGCUGUCCACGCACCGGUUCAUCAGUCAGGCCGAGAAGGACUACAUCAGAGGAUCGCUCGCCAACACCGUCGACCACGACAUACGGUUGUCAGAUACUCCGUGGAAGGCCAUAUUCACGUCGUUACCGGUGUGGGCCACUACCUUAGCGCACGUUGGUCAUAACUGGGGUUUUUGGCUGUUGUUGACUGAGAUGCCUACAUUCAUUCACACGGUGCUCAAAUGCGAUAUUAAAGAAGACGGUAUGCUUUCCUCAUUACCAUAUCUCGCCAUGUUCCUGCUCCAAAUACCGGUCACCUUCACAGCCGACUUUCUGAAUAAGCGAAAAAUCACCACCCUCACCAUGUCUAGAAAAAUCUGGAACACAGUAUCCAUGUGGGGUGGUACCGUUGGCUUAAUCGUAUUAGGUUUCAUCGAAGACACCCACUUGACGAUUAUCGUUUACGUGUUCAUCGUAGCCAUAGGGUGUUCAUCGAACGCUGGGUUUAACAUAAAUCAUAUGGAUCUAUCACCCAACUACGCUGGGCUCCUAAUGGGAAUCACCAAUACAGCUGCAGCUUCUGGAGGGAUUAUUGCCCCUCUGUUCGUCGGGCUCGUUGUUGACGAUCAGACCUCAGUGGCGGAAUGGCGAAUCGUGUUCAUCAGUGGUGCAAUAGUGCUGUUCGUAUGCAAUUUGUUUUUUAUUAUAUUUGGCUCAGCAAAAACUCAGCCUUGGAAUUCAAUGCACAAAAAUGAUGAUCUAAAAAUGGAUAAUACUAAACAAGAUAUUGAAAUUGUUGGAUAACAUUUUACAUGUAUAUCAUAUGAAAUGCGCCAUAAUACAUAAAUUAUUAUGUAUGUAUGAUUAUUGAUUACAUUACAUUGUCUAUAUAAUAUUUAUUAUGAUCACAUCACCAUAUUGUUGGUACUUACUGUUAUGAUUUACAAAAUUUAAAUUACUACAAUAAUAUCAAUAUAACAUGUACCUAAUUGUAAAUUUAUUAUUUAAAACUCAUUUUAUUUUAUUUUGUCCAUAAUUUGAAGUUUGAAAACUUUGAUAAAUACCAAUAAUUGUUAUUUUUACAAUCAACGUUUAAGUAAAUUACAUUUUUCAACUUCA